AUGCUUUCUCGUUCUCUUUACAGUCAAGCAUCCAAGGCUCUUCUCAGCCAACGACCCCGUGUAGCAAGAUCAGGCGUACUUGGCAGAAUCAGCGCACGCUGUCUGUCCACGUUCGACAAGCAUCAUGAUGUAUUCGAAACACUGGGGAUCCAAAAAACCAACAACAAGGGAGUGUUUGAUGGAGAAUGGUCAGGAUCAGGACCAAUCGUUCCUUCCAUAAAUCCUGUGAACAACCAAGUCAUUGCCGAAGUAGUUACUGGUACUACAGCAGAUUUGGAUAGAGCUCUUGAUAGGGUAGCCGAGGCACAAAAGAUCUGGGUAGAGAUGCCUAUUCCCAAACGUGGACAUGUUUUGUUGGCCAUGCGAGAUGCUCUUGUCAAAAAUCUUCAACCUCUUGGUAAAUUGGUUGCUCUUGAGAUGGGCAAGAUUCUACCCGAAGGUGUGGGCGAGGUCCAGGAAUAUAUUGAUAUUCUUGAAUACGCUCUUGGUUUAUCUCGAAUGAUGCAAGGUGCAAUAAUUCCCUCUGAAAGACCAGGCCAUAUUAUGCUCGAGACUUGGAAUCCACUUGGUACAGUUGGUGUAAUUAGUGCCUUUAACUUUCCAGUGGCUGUGUAUGGAUGGAACAGUGCCUUGGCCUUAGUAACCGGUAAUGGCGUACUUUGGAAACCCUCUCCCACAACCCCGUUGUGUGCUCUUGCUAUCACACGUAUCUUGGAGCAGACCUUGCGCCAGCACAAUCUCCCACCUGCUCUUUGCUCUCUUGUCACUGGCGGAACGGACGUGGGUGUUUCCCUGACAGCCGACAAGCGAACUCAUGUGCUGUCUUUUACCGGAUCUACCCAGGUGGGACGAGAGGUCGGAAAGGUCGUCCAGGGACGCUUUGGAAAGUCUAUUCUUGAACUCGGUGGCAACAAUGCCAUUGUAGUAAUGGACGACUGCGAUAUUGAUCUGGCCGCGCGCGCUAUUUUGUUUGCUGCUGUCGGAACAGCUGGCCAGAGAUGCACUACCACCCGCCGCUUGAUUGUACACGAAUCCGUUUAUGACAGUUUGAUCGAACGAUUGAUCAAGGCCUAUGGUCAAGUCAAGGUCGGAGAUCCUCUGGACGACGGUGUUCUUUGUGGCCCGCUCCACACCGAGGCUGCAGUCUCGACUUACAAGCAAGUGCUUGACUCAGUAAUCAAGCAAGGAGGCGAAGUGCUUUGUGGUGGACAGGUCCUCACAGAGGGUGAAUUCGAACAUGGUAACUUUGUAGUUCCUACCCUUACAAAGGUUCGUCCAGAUAUGGACAUUAUCAAGAAUGAGGCCUUUGUUCCAAUUCUUCACACCAUGACAUUCAAGACACUUGACGAGGCCAUUGCUAUUAACAACGGAGUAGCCCAGGGAUUGUCUAGUUCCAUCUUUACAACCAAUCCUGCCAACAUGUUCAAGUGGAUUGGACCAAAAGGAUCUGAUUGUGGUAUCAUCAAUGUAAACAUUCCCACCAAUGGUGCAGAGAUUGGCGGUGCUUUUGGCGGUGAAAAGGAGACUGGAGGCGGCCGUGAGAGUGGUAGUGAUAGCUGGAAACAAUACUGCCGACGUGGCACUUGUACUAUCAACUAUUCUGGGGCAUUGCCUUUGGCCCAAGGCAUCAACUUUGGUUAA